AUGUCAAUUUUAAAGCAGUCGUUUAUAUACAUAUGCGUGGCAAUGGCUGUACUAAUUCUGUGGAUAAUUAAAAUCAACAGACAACCGAACGAACUUAGCACUCUACGGCACUACUUCAAUUGUGACUUUAAGGUUGUUAUUCCCAUAGCAGUAAGAUUCAACAAUGAGAAUUUCAUCCUCCCUGACUUGAUUCAAGCUGCUCAAAUGCAGAUUAAUGAGGAACUUCGAGCUUUGGAUGUACAACACUUGGGCUUGGUUCUAGUGGAUGAUUUACACGUUGGCAAUGUGAGCCAGGGUUAUAUGAUGGAUCUAAUUUUACAUCAUGAGAAUUCGCUUGGAAUAUCCUCAGAUUCUUUACAAGUAGCGAUUUUCUACACUUUGGAGUCCAUCCAUUCCAAUGAUUUACCCUUCUUCUUAGCGCAAACAGUGUUGUAUCAUUUUCUUAACGGAGAAGUUGACCUAUUCAGCAGACCAGAAUCUGAAGAUUUCGAAAAUGAAUUGGAGUUUGAAAUUGGGUUUGGUCAGGCAGUAAACAAGACGAGGACCUUGGAUGUUUUAAGAACCAUCGAAAAGCUAGCCACAGCUGUGAAAUAUAUAACACUUUUGCGUUGGACGAUAAACAACAAACUAGUGAGUGGUAAAGAUGAAGUUGUGAUAAACUUCCCCGGACGACUCUCCAAGACCAUGAAGGGUGACUCAAAUACUGCUUUUAAAAUUCAAACAAUCUUGGAGGACCAAUUGCAGCUUCCGCUGAGACCACGCAACAACUUGCUGGUGCGGCUUCUUGCGUCCUAUAGGAAAAAGACAGUAUCCAAUAUAAAACAGUUACUAGACAAGCUUGAUGAAGGCAAAGAAAGCGGAAAGCUCAUCAAUCAAUUGACUCGAUUGGUUGCAGAUGUGGGUCAAUCACAAAAUAUCUCUUGGUUGGGCUAUUUGGAAAGAUCUCAGGAUAUGUUACUCAAAUUGAACGAGGCCAUGUAUGGGUCGAGCGAGAGAGGAAUGGCUUAG